AUGGCAGAGAUGCUGCUGAAAGUUAUUCAAGAUAAUUUUUCAACUGAUUUGCUGGCUAGAUUGUGUGCUGUUUCUGCAGAUGGGCCAUAUCAAGCAAAUGGCUUCUGUGGCAAACUUUUGGAGAAACUGGGGAUUGAAGAUAACGAACUUGCUUUACCCGUAAUAUGGGAUGCUGCACACAUACUAAAUUUGGCUGUACUAGAUGUCAAAGACUCGAACACUGACAGCGGUCAACACUUCCAAAGAUUCAUAAAACGUUGCAAUGUAUUUAAUACUAUCCUAGCAAAUGGUAAAGGGUUUGCUUUUCUUCAACUGACUGAUUCUUCUGCAAGACGACCAGUUUCAUAUGCUUGUCAAAGGUUCGCGAGUUCAUCUUAUGAACAGUGGGAAAAAAUUGAGAAGAGCUUCGCUUCCUACUGGCAGGCGUUUGAUCUUCUUUACCCCAAUCGACGCGAAGACGAGGAAUAUCAGUAUAUGAUUGCAGGGUCGGAUUUUAUCAUGGAUCUUCUCGCAUUCCUAGACACGAUGAAGCCGGUUGUUGAUUUGAUGCUCCGGGUGCAGUCUUUAGACACGCCUGUAUGGAAGCUCAAGCUUUGGUGGCCAAGCAUUAAAGCGUUGAUGGCAAAGGCCUCCAAUGAAUAUCCUGUUUCACUUCCAAAGUUAAAUAAAGUGAUGGGAUCACUCAAAGCAGGCUGUACGUAUAACGCAGUGACCCUUCUACCGGGCUGGUUAAUUACAAAUGUCGAAGGGUGUGGCGGGAAUAAAACUUACACAUAG